UUAUUUUGUGAGAGUAAAUUACGCAAAAUAGCGGUUUGUUUACAAACCUCGAUGCGUGGCCUGACAUUCAGCGUGCUUCGACGGUGCCGCACGAGCCUGUGGCAUCCGGCGGCGCGCGCGCUGUGCUCGCAGCCUCAGCCUGCAGCCGGUGCCUUGCCUGUUGCAGACCCAAAGCUAAUCGAGGUGCACUCAUCAUGGCCAUUGGAUGAGCAGCCGGAGCUCCGAGCGGUGACCAUUCAGGGCAUGCAGGUGUUGCCACACUUUGUCACAGUGGCGGAGGAGGGAAUGUUGCUUGCCGAGCUGGAACCCAUGCUCAAGCGGAUCAGAUAUGAGUUCGACCAUUGGGAUAAUGCGAUCAUAGGCUUCCGCGAAACGGAACGUAGUUCAUGGACCCCGACCAACGAAGCUGUCAUCUCGCGAAUACGCAGCGUUUUCCCGCGAACUGGGCUGGACUCGGAACUCCUACCCGCUGCUCAUGUGUUGGACUUGGCCGCGGCGGGACAUAUCAAGCCUCAUAUUGACGCGGUUCGGUUCUGCGGUGGGAUGAUAGCGGGUCUGUGCCUCCUGUCUGACGCCGUGAUGCGCCUGCAGCACGAGACCCACAAGCAUCUCGGUCUGGACGCCUUGCUGCAGCGCCGGGCGCUGUAUAUCAUGAGGUAGGCCUGUUCCAGUUCC